AUGCCGCCCCCCUCGUCGUCUCCACCUGCGCCAGCACGUGCCUCCGACCCCGCGCCCCCUUCCGAUGGCAUCCCGUACCUCGGCUCGCGCAUCUCGCUCAUCUCCAAGACGGACAUUCGCUACGAGGGGUUCCUCUUUAACAUUGACACGCGGCAGAGCACUGUCGCGUUGCAGCGCGUGCGGUCGUUCGGUACUGAAGGCCGUCGCACGGCCGCUGCGCACGUGCCCCCGUCAGCGCACGUGCUGCAGUACGCGACGUUCAAAGCCGCGGAGAUCAAGGACCUGCACGUGUGCGAAGCCGCGCCGGCCGAGACGCUGCCGCAGCCAGUCGUAAGGGCCCCACCAGUGGCUGCACCAGUAGCGGCCACGUCGUCGACGCUGUUGACGCCCGGCUCGGUCUCGAGGCAGCCAACUCCGUCGCUGGGAGGCUCAGAUCUGAGCCACGCAGCAGUCGCCAAUCCGGUGCCAGUGACGGAUCCCGGUCGUGGUCGAUUAACGACCAGUGAAACGCGGGGACGCGAGCCGAGCCCGCCAGCAGUUGUGACGACUGAGCGGCCGGUCUCUGAUCGGAGUCGACCAUUGACUGCAGAGCUUCCGGCCGACGCGCCGCGCCGACCGGCGAGGAACAAGUCGCGGACGAUCCCGGGCAUGGGCGGUCAUUUGCUGCACCGCAAAGAGCGGCGUGGGCCUGGGGGGCUGGACGAAGCGGGGUCCGGGGCGCGACCUGAGACAGCAUCGGGCGAGUUUAAUUUCGCAGCGAAAUUGGGCGACUUUGACAAGCAGCAGGAGUUUUCCAAGCUCGAAGAAGACGCAAAGAAAGAGACGACGGGCAGUUAUCAGAAAUCGUCGUUUUUUGACACGAUUUCGUGCGAUGCAUUGGAUCGACUGGAGGGACAGCGCGCGAGGAUGACGGGCGCGCAAGAGCGGACGCUGAAUACCGAGACGUUUGGCGCAGUGGGACUGAACAAUCGCCGCAACUUUCGAGGACGUGGCCGGCGUGGGGGAUACCGGAAUGGAGGCAGUUGGAAUGGCAGUCGGAGCAAUGGCGGCGGCCGUGGCGGUAACAGCAACAGCAAUAGCAACAAUAGCGGAGCGUCGAGGCAGCAGGUGGCGGGUCCGUGA